UCGAAAAUUAAGUUUGACGUAAGAGCCUACAAAAUUUUCGAGUGCACUUGUAGAAAGCAAAACACAAAUUACAUACAUGUAACAUGUUCUCAUUGAAUUCUAUUAAUAGUCAAAACCAGAUUCUAGUUAGUUUUAGUCAGCUGUCAGCUCGGUAUUCAAGUCUCUUUAAGCAGCGGAAACAUGGCGGUAAACACAAGCAUGUGAAUAGAAAGGAAAGUUCAGUUUAUGAUAGUAGUUACUGCCAGGAGAGUUUAGAGGAGGCGUUACGGAAUUUUGAUCAGCAUGCCCUAGCUGAGAUGCGUAAGAUCGACGUACGAUCCGUGGUGGGGCUCAUGCGGAAGCCUCUCGAAGUUUCCAGCAAAAAGGUUUCAUACAUAUCUUCAGCGUCGUUUGAACAAAAUAAGAAUGGAUGGUCAGUCACAACUCCAACAGUAACUGUCGACUUCAGCAGAAGGAAUACCAGAUUCAGUUUCACGGACAACUUUGUGGGUCUACUUGCGAGGAGCAUACAGGACAGCACCUUCAAGUACAAUGUGCAGGUGCGGGGGUUCAAAACCGAGCGAAGUAUACAUGCAGACCUGAAACGGAACCCCAACAUCAUAAAUAGACUGCGUAAGUUCUUCGGUCUGAAUGUGGUGGAAAGUGCGGAGAGGCCAGGAGCCCUGGGCCCGGAGGUGGCGCCCCGACUGGAGAAGCUCCUCAGCGAGGACACGCUGCUCAGUAACCAGCAGAAGGACAAGAUCAAAAUCGCAUUUGCCGAGGGAUACCUAGCUGGUUCACACCCAGAAAACGUGCGCGGCACGAAAGCUUCCAAAUAUCUAAAACUAGUGCAACAGUUACUUACCAUCGUGCUCUUCCUCGCGAUCUUCGUUAGUCUCAUGGCGUCUGUCAGCGGGACAGUUUUCCGGAUCCAAUUAGGGAACCAAAUGGAGGUGGACCCUGAGGACAUCUCCGUCACCUUCGACGACGUCAAGGGAGCUGAUGAGGCUAAGCAGGAGCUUCAGGAUGUGGUGGAGUUCCUGAAGUCCCCGGAGAAGUUCUCGUCGCUGGGCGGCAAGCUGCCCAAGGGCGUGCUGCUGGUGGGUCCGCCCGGCACCGGCAAGACGCUGCUGGCCCGCGCCGUCGCCGGGGAGGCGCGCGUGCCCUUCUACCACGCGGCCGGGCCCGAGUUCGACGAGAUCCUCGUGGGGCAGGGCGCGCGGCGCGUGCGGGACCUGUUCAAGGCUGCCAAGGAGCGCGCCCCGUGCGUGAUCUUCAUCGACGAGAUUGACUCGGUGGGAGCCAAGCGGACUAACAGCGUGCUGCAUCCGUACGCCAACCAGACGAUCAACCAACUGCUAUCGGAGAUGGAUGGAUUCCAUCAGAACGAGGGUGUGAUCGUGCUGGGCGCCACCAACAGGCGGGACGACCUCGACCAGGCGCUGCUGAGGCCCGGACGGUUCGACGUAGAGGUGAACGUGCCCACGCCGGACUACGGCGGACGGCGCGAGAUCCUGCAGCUGUACCUCGCCAGGGUGGCAGCACAUCCGGCGGUGGAUGCGGAGCGGCUCGCCAGGGGCACCACCGGCUUCACCGGCGCGGACCUCGAGAACAUGGUCAACCAGGCCGCGCUCAAGGCGGCCAUGGAGGGAGCGGGCGCGGUCAGCAUGGCGCACCUGGAGGAGGCGCGGGACAGGGUCCUCAUGGGGCCCGCCCGCCGCUCGCGGCUGCCCGACGCGGAGACCAACGCCAUCACGGCCUGCCACGAGGGCGGACACGCCAUCGUGGCGCACUACACCAAGGACUCUCACCCCCUGCACAAGGUGACGAUCAUCCCCCGAGGGUCGUCGCUGGGGCACACCGCCUACAUACCGUCUAAGGAGAGGUACCACGUAACGAAGCAGCAGCUACUGGCCAUGAUGGACACCAUGAUGGGCGGCCGCGCCGCUGAGGAGCUUGUCUUUGGACUUGACAAGAUCACAUCCGGCGCGUCGUCGGACCUGCAGCAGGCGACGGCCAUCGCGAGCCACAUGGUGCGGGAGUGGGGCAUGAGCGACAAGGUCGGCCUGCGCAGCCUCGACCCCCACCCGCCCCACGCGCCCCAACUGGGGCCCGGCACCAACGAGCUGGUGGACGGUGAGAUCAAGAAGCUGCUGUCGGAGAGCUACGAGCGUGCGAAGGCCAUACUGCGAGCGCACGCCAAGGAACACAAGGCACUGGCCGACGCGCUCCUCAAGUACGAGACGCUGGACGCGGAGGACAUCCUGGCGAUCGUGAACGGAGACAAGGUGGGGGACAAGUCGCCGCCCCGCCCCCGCGACCCGCGCCCCGCGCCGCCGCCGCCCCGCCCCGCGCCGCACCCCGCCGCCGCCUAGCUGAUGGCGUGACGCGGGCUCGACGCGGACUGUACAAAGUGUAUUGAGAAUUUUGCAGGCGACACGCUUCCACGACUAAGUAAAUAAAAAUAAGUAAAACCUGGUUGCAGCCCUUAGUUUCUUUGUAGUUUUGUUGAUACGUAGCGAACAUAGCACUCUUUGUACGCAGUCGGACAAAUAUUGAUAUGUAAAGCAUAAAAAAGAUUGUAAAUCAAUGUCAUUAUAAAAGAAGUUAUAUUAAAAAAAAUAAGCUUUAAACUCCGCCAUUUUGGAUUUGGGAUUAGGUCAUUUUAUUUCUCGUAUUCUUGCCAACAAAUCUUUCAUGUAUCAUGAAAAUGCAGCAGAAAAUAAUUAGUUUAAUAACAAUACGAUUAUAUACAUAUUAAAUUUAGAAUAUAACUUAAAUCUAAACUGUUUUAAGUUUGACGCGGUCAUUAUUUAUAAGUAUAAUAAGUAAAUCACGGGAUCUUACCACGUUUUACUUUUGUUGAGUUCCCGAUA